AUGUGUGGUUGUGCCGUGUUUUCAGACGUUAUUACCCAUCGAAAACAACUAGAUGAUACAAUCGAUAUCGACGGCACCUCUCUGGAUCGACUAAUCGAUACCAUAGAAAAUUAUCCUGGAGAUGGGGUGAUGCGUACCGCUUCUCCCUAUAGUUUCUCCUUCAGUCGAUUGCGUAAAGGCUGUGCACCAGGAGAAUUCGGCUCACAUUGUCAGUAUACAUGCAAUGACUGCAAGAAUGGGGGUUCCUGCUCUCAUGACAAUUCUACAUGCGAAUGCUUGCCAGGAUUCACUGGUGAAAUCUGUGAUGAUAUGUGUCCUGAUGGUAGAUGGGGAGAAGGAUGUAAUCAGAUUUGUGGAUGUGAUGGGAAAACUUGUGAUCCGGUGACUGGAAGCUGUCGUUGUACUUCUGCGGAAGAAUGUCCUGAAGGACCAUGUCCUCCUGGUAAAUCUACUGCUUUUAUAAAAAAUCUUAAGCACUAA